GUUGAGACUUCAGGGCCCGAGACAGGUGGGAUUGGCUCCCCUGGCUCCCCUGGCUCAGGAAUGCACAGGAAAGGUCUGGGAGACAGGUAGGGGACGCCCCUGAAACCUCGAAGGGUCACGGUCGACGGGUGAGAGGUGAGCUAGAGAGGGGUUUGAGGGCCACAGGUAGGACUGUAAGCUCUGUCCCGGGGCAGUGGGAGCCACGGAAUGCUGCUGAGGGAGAGCCAGAGACAGAUGGUCCCGCACUGCCCCUGCACUCCUGGGGUCCAUUCCCCCAGGGCCCUGCAGCUGAGUGGCCGUGGUGGCAUCAGCACUGUGCUGGGCACUUUCCACGCUAGUCCUCACGCAGGCCCAUCCGUCAGUGGACACUACUGGGCCCCAUCCACAGAGGGGACACUGAGGCUCAGAAGGGGAAGCUACUUGCCAAGGUCAUGCUGUGAGCCCCGAGGCCCCCAUGCUGAGGUCAUCUCUGUUCUGCCUUUCCCAAGGCCUCUGGGUGCUUGCCAGAGUCAGGUUUGGGAAGGGGGUAAAGGUAGGAAGAUUCCUCAGAUGUUAGCAGGGCCAGCUUUCUCCAGCACCCGAGCUCCUUCCCACUUUACAGAUGAGCACACUGAGGUCCCCAGGGUCACCCUGCUGGGCCAGGGCUGAAUUUGAGUGAGAGACAGCGUAGGGCAGGAGCCUAUCUUCUCAUCUGACUGAGGCUGGAGGGUUCCAGUCUUUGAGACCUGUGCAGAAGAGGACGCCCAAGGCCCUCCCCAGGGAGUGGGAAGGGCUGGCAUUGGUGUCACAGACCUGGGUUCAAAUCCUGGCUUUGUCUCGGAUGAGCUGUGUGGUGGUGUGCAAGUCAUGAAGUCCUCUGGGCCUCGGUUUCUUUAUCUGCAGCAGGGAACACAGACCUCUCCCUUCUGUCAUUAGCACGCUUUUACUGAGCACAUGCUGGGGGCCGGGUGCCAGGCUGUUCCCUGGGGGAGGCAGCCAGCAGUCGUGGAUCCCGGGCCGAGGACGGAGACCAGGGGCCGUGGGAACCCAGCCAGGUGAGGGCAGGGAGGGAGGCAGGUGCCAGCUCCCGCAGAACCUCGUGGGUGGGCUUUAUGUGUUGGAAUUUUCCUGGAAUCAGCUGUGAGUGCCACGCUCAGGCUAAGAGUGUAGAAAGCGGAUCCAGGCUGGGGGCCGGGUGCAGUUGGGCAUCAGAGACAGCUUGGCGAGGUGCUAGAAACGGGGCAGAACCAGAGCACCCAUAGUAGCAUGGUGGACACAGAGGCCCCCCGGGUGUGGGCUGCUGGGCGGACGGGCCAGUGGGCUGGGAAGAAGCCAGUCAGGGCCAGGUGGGUAGCAGGCUGGGUGUCCAGGCCUAGAUGGGGUGAGGGUAGAGGGUGGGUGAAGUUCUAGGUGCCAGGGAGGAGCCAGGGACGUGGCUGUUGAAGUGUGGUCAGCCUGGGGCUGAUACAGAAGCCUUGGGAGGGGCCGAGAUGGUUCUAGAGGAAGCAGUUUGAGAGGGACAGAGCUGGGCCCAGGGCCUCCCCAGUGCGUAGAGUCAGGGAGUGCGGGAGAGCCAGGCGCGGGCCCUCUGCCCAGGGUGACAGUGUUUUCUAGGAGGACGCGGCUGGGCUUGGGUCUGCCGGAGAAUCUGAAUUCCAGGAGUUGUGGAGGGUGGGGUGCGGGUGGCUGGAGGGAGGGCUGAGCUCCUGUCUUCUCCCAGAAGUCAGCACCUAAGUCUGUCCCCAGAAAGAGGAGGCCCCAGGGAGGAAGGUGUUUGCCAAGGAGGCAGAAACAUUUGCAUGCAUAACAAGGCCGAAGUGAGGGAGAGAAAAAGGGGGGGGGAGAGAGAGAGAGAGAUGAAAAGAAAUUACCAUACAUCAGGAUCUUGUUAUUCAACCUAAUUUUCAAAGGACCACAGCUGUCGCACUGAGAUAAUCCGUUAAUUAUAACAGCCAUCGUGCUUUGGCAAUGGGAGAGAAACCGAGGCCGGGAACAGGCUGAGUGGAUGGAGCAGGCCUGCGAGGGCCUGGACCUCAGGGAAGGGGCAGGGCAGGGCCGAGGGGCUGCUCUUGGGGGUCAGGUCUCAGCCUUCCUCACUGUAAUGGUUACAGCCAUGGACGGCGAGGUCCUACACGUGCCAGGCGGGUGCCAGGCUCCUGGUCGGGGUCAGGAGGUAUCUGCAGCAGCUGACUUUACUGAGCAGUUACUAUGUGCCAGACCCUGCUCUGUGGCUGUUCCCUCUGGCUGGUCUCCUUCCUGCCCAUUUUACUGGAGAGGAAACUGACACGCAGCAGCCUGCCAGGGCGAUGGUUAAAUGGGCAGCCUGGAUUAGUGGGGAUGUGGUCGUAAGGAAGGGCCAGUUUCACUGAGUCGGUCACCAGGCGUUGGUGGACGUGGAGCUGACAUCGUCCAGGGCCCCCUGGUUUUGCCCAGCUAGCCAUGGCCAGAGUCACCGGUGCACCCCCCCCCCCCGGCGUUUCCGGGGCCGAGGCAGCCCCUGGGCCCUGACAAGAGUCCCCUUGUUCUCAGAGCUGCAGCUGCGGCCCCCACCGGAGUGGCACCCGCCCUUCAGAGCCUCACAGGCUGGGCCGAGGAGAAGGUUUCCCACUGGCCAGGAGCCUCGUGCAGUGCAGACCCCUUGUGACCCUGGCUGGAGGUGGUGAGGAGACAGGUCUCUGGGCUGUGGCCCUGGGUUGGGUCCCUCAGCCCGGCCAGCAGGACGCCAGGGUGCAGGGCCCUAGGGCCUGGUUAGGGAGCAGGAGCACAGGCAGUGUGAGGGGAGCUGGUGAGGAGAGGGGCUGUCCCAGACCCCGAGAUCCCUGUGGCUCUCUGCCCAGCAGCAGGCCUCGGCCUCUGGGGCUAGAAGUUCCUGUUCGGACCCAGCAGGGACCCCAGACUUGACCCUGUAGGGUUCAGAGUAAGAGCAGGCCCCACAGACUGCCAGACAGGUCUGAGAGGCGCUGGGGUGCUCUCCUGACUCGGGGUCCUCAGGUCUCGGAGUGCUUAAAACCAUGGAGAAGUGUGACCCAGGGGUGGAGACUCAGCAGCAUUCGGGAGCCCAGAGUCCCAGAUGUACCCUGUGUGCUCUCAAGUGCCACGCUCAGUGCCAGGGACCCUGAGAAGGGCAGACCCACACUGUCAGUGUCCCAGAGCCCUCGGCCAGGAAGGAUGAAGCAGGGUGGGGGAGCCUGUGCGCCCCUUGGGUCCCAGAACGGGAGGCUCAUGGAGUCCCCCAUGCAGGUGGGGAGUUAGUUGUUCCCCCUCUGCAGGAGCCCAAGACCAGGACACCCUAUGCCAGGGAGCCAGGGUGGAGGGUGGGGCCCUCGCUCUGCCCUGUAUCAUACAGACCCAGCGCAGCUACAGUUCACGGAGUUGUCAGUGGAUUCUGGAAGGAGGUUUUGAAUAUAGGCAACUAACAAUGAAAAGUGUAAUCCUUGUCUGGAGUUGCCGGGGUGCCCCAAAAUCUCAUGAGCAGGGUCUGACGCUGUCUGUGGAGGGGAAGCCACUGAGUAGCAGUUGGAGGACCUCAGUUUCCUCUUCUGUAAAGUGGGUACAGUGAUAGCUCUGACUCUAGGGCUUAUACUGAGGACUGAGUGGACAUAGGAGCUGGGAGGUGUCUAGGCCCCAGGACAACUGUCCUGCUUGCUGGCUCCUCCUCGGAGCCUCUGAGCUCUGAGCUCUCAGCCCCAAACCCCAUUCUCCCGUGGGCUCUGACCUGUUGCUCUGGCUGGGGACAGCCCUGAGGGUGUGGGAAGGCAGGGAGUAGCCAACAGGACGAUGGAGGCGGAGGCAGGGCUGGGGUGGGCCUAGCCAGCGCCUGGUACAUAGUAGGUGCUCCAUAAAUGUUUAUUGAAUGAAUGAAUGGAGGCCAUGCAGGCAGAGGCAGCCGUGGUGCACAGGCACUGGUGAAAGCGGGUCCAGUGGAGACUGGAACCAGGUGACAGAUGGGUCUUUUCCUUCCUGCCCCCCGUCUCUCUGCUCUCCUGCAGAGCUGCGCCCUGCUCUCCGGUGGGAACUGUCUGAAGCUCUGAGCCCAGACCUGGAGGAGGAGGAGGAGGAGGAGGAGGAAGAAGAGGACCAAGGAGAGGAAGUCCAAGCCUGAGACCCUGUGCGCCUUCCCAGCAGGAGUCAAGGAGCACCGCGGGGAGCUGCCCUCGAUUCCCCACACCUCAGCUAGUCCCGGGGUGCCCGCUCAGCCUCCUGAAAGGUCCCCAGCAGUUGGAACCGGCUGUGACCACCUUGCCUGGGACCCCCGUUCCAGGGGUUGCCCCCAAGAUGGUGGCGGCCCCAGGGAGGACUGUGCCGCCAGCCCCAGCCUCCAGCCUCUAGGUCCCUGAGCUCCGACCCCUCGCCCCCCCCCCAGCCACCUGGGGGCCGAGGCCAGCACCAUGCUGCGCCUGGGGCUGUGCGCGGCGGCGCUGCUGUGCGUGUGCCGGCCAGGCGCGGUGCGUGCGGACUGCUGGCUCAUCGAGGGGGACAAGGGCUACGUGUGGCUGGCCAUCUGCAGCCAGAACCAGCCGCCCUACGAGACCAUCCCUCAGCACAUCAACAGCACUGUGCACGACCUGCGUCUGAACGAGAACAAGCUGAAGGCCGUGCUGUAUUCCUCGCUCAACCGCUUCGGGAACCUCACGGACCUCAACCUCACCAAGAACGAGAUUUCCUACAUCGAAGACGGCGCCUUCCUGGGCCAGUCCAGCCUGCAGGUCCUGCAGCUGGGCUACAACCGCCUCAGCAACCUGACAGAGGGCAUGCUGCGGGGCAUGAGCCGCCUGCAGUUCCUCUUCGUGCAGCACAACCUCAUCGAGGUGGUCACCCCCACCGCCUUCUCCGAGUGCCCGAGCCUCAUCAGCAUCGACCUGUCCUCCAACCGCCUCAGCCGCCUGGACGGCGCCACCUUCGCCAGCCUGGCCAGCCUGAUGGUGUGUGAGCUGGCCGGCAACCCCUUCAACUGCGAGUGUGACCUCUUUGGCUUCCUCGCCUGGCUCGUGGUCUUCAACAACGUCACCAAGAACUACGACCGCCUGCAGUGCGAGUCGCCUCGGGAGUUUGCCGGCUACCCGUUGCUGGUGCCCCGGCCCUACCACAGCCUCAACGCCAUCACCGUCCUGCAGGCCAAGUGCCGCAACGGCUCGCUACCCGCCCGGCCCGUGAGCCACCCUACGCCCUACUCCACCGACGCCCAGCGGGAGCCGGAUGAGAACUCGGGCUUCAACCCCGACGAGAUCCUCUCGGUGGAGCCGCCGGCCUCGUCCACCACGGAUGCGUCCACGGGGCCCGCCAUCAAGCUGCACCACGUGACCUUCACCUCGGCCACCCUCGUGGUCAUCAUCCCGCACCCCUACAGCAAGAUGUACGUCCUGGUCCAAUAUAACAACAGUUACUUCUCUGACGUCAUGACGCUCAAGAACAAGAAGGAGAUCGUGACUCUGGACAAGCUGCGGGCGCACACCGAGUACACCUUCUGCGUGACUUCCCUGCGCAACAGCCGCCGCUUCAACCACACCUGCCUGACCUUCACCACCCGGGACCCCGUGCCCGGAGACCUGGCGCCCAGCACCUCCACCACCACGCACUACAUCAUGACCAUCCUGGGCUGCCUCUUCGGCAUGGUCAUCGUGCUGGGCGCCGUCUACUACUGCCUCCGCAAGCGCCGCAUGCAAGAGGAGAAGCAGAAGUCCAUCAACGUCAAGAAGACCAUCCUGGAGAUGCGCUACGGUGCCGACGUGGAUGCGGGCUCCAUUGUGCACGCCGCUCAGAAGCUGGGGGAGCCCCCUGUGCUGCCCGUGGCCCGCAUGUCCUCCAUCCCCUCCAUGAUUGGGGAGAAGCUGCCCACCUCCAAGGGACUGGAGGCCGGGCUGGACACGCCCAAGGUGGCCACCAAAGGCAACUAUAUUGAGGUGCGCACGGGUGCUGGGGGGGAUGGACUGGCUCGGCCGGAGGAUGACCUCCCAGACCUCGAGAACGGCCAGGGCUCUGCUGCCGAGAUCUCCACCAUCGCCAAGGAGGUCGACAAGGUGAAUCAAAUCAUUAACAACUGCAUCGACGCCCUCAAACUGGACUCGGCUUCUUUCCUGGGGGGCAGCAGUGGCGGCGGGGACCCCGAGCUGGCUUUCGAGUGCCAGUCCCUCCCCGCGGCCACCGCCACCGCCACGGCCGCCGCGCCCGGGGCGUUGGAGCGGCCCAGCUUCCUCUCUCCGCCCUAUAAGGAGAGCUCGCACCACCCGCUGCAGCGCCAGCUCAGCGCCGACGCCGCCGUCACCCGCAAGACCUGCAGCGUGUCGUCCAGCGGCUCCAUCAAGAGCGCCAAGGUCUUCAGCCUGGACGUGCCUGAUCACCCGGCCACCUCGGCGCUGGCCAAGGGCGACUCCAAGUACAUCGAGAAGGGCAGCCCGCUCAACAGCCCGCUGGACCGGCUCCCGCUGGUGCCCUCGGGGGGCAGCGGGGGCAGCGGCGCGGGCGGGGGCAUCCACCACCUGGAGGUGAAGCCGGCGUAUCACUGCAGCGAGCACCGCCACAGCUUCCCCGCGCUCUACUACGAGGAGGGCGCCGACAGCCUCAGCCAGCGCGUGUCCCUCCUCAAGCCGCUGACCCGCUCCAAGCGAGACCCCACCUACUCGCAGCUCUCCCCCAGACACUACUACUCGGGGUACUCUUCCAGCCCCGAGUACUCCUCCGAGAGCACGCACAAGAUCUGGGAGCGCUUCCGGCCCUACAAGAAGCACCACCGCGAGGAGGUGUACAUGGCCGCCGGCCACGCCCUGCGCAAGAAGGUCCAGUUCGCCAAGGACGAGGACCUGCAUGACAUCCUCGAUUACUGGAAGGGGGUCUCGGCCCAGCAAAAGCUGUGACCCCUCUCCUCCCUGGUGAGGCUGGAGGGGGGGGCGGGGCGCUCGGGAAGGGCCCUCCCACAGGGUGGCGCCGGGCCAGGCAGCGCACCGAGGGCCCCGGGGGCUCGGAGUGGACGCACACGCACACCCGCACGCACGCACCACGCACACACACCUGACCACCACCUGACUGUGAACCAACCAACACCCGACAAUAACGGACAGGAAAACAAAGACACAUUUUCCUUAAAGUUUACAAACUGAUACCGAAACCAGGCGUCUUUACUGUGCUGCCCAGGGACUCUGCCGGGGUGUGUGGGGCUGGGGACUAGGACAGGUGACGAGGAAGCCAGGAGGGUGUGGGGCUGAGGGAGCUGAGACCAAGGACAGGAUUGGGGGCAAAGGGAACUGAGGUGGAGAUGGACUGACAUGGUCCUCAGGGUGGGGACCGGACAGGUGGACACUGGACACAGGAUGGGCACUGUCAUUCCCUUCCUCUCUGGAUGGCCCAGGGAAAGGAAGUGGUGGCCCCUUGGCCACACAGCGGGUCAGUCUCAGUCUCCCACCUUUCCAGCCCAGUGCUGCCUCCGCCCAGCUGCUCCCCUGGGCUCCCCAGCUGGUCCACUCCUCACCCCAUCAAGGUUGAGGUUUCUGGGGCUGAGGGUUGUGAGAAUCAGGCAGGUGCUUUUCCUCUCUAGAAAGUCCACGGAAGCACCCUUGAGGUCUGGGGCGGUGGCUCAUAAUUCUAGGAGGUCCCCCUAGCAGGAAGGGAGCAGGGGCGAGGGGACAGGCCACCAAACUCCUUCAAGUGUCUUCCAAGUAGCUCGGGAGCUGCCUGGGGUGGGUGGGGGCAGAUCAUGUCCCUUGGCAUCUCAGGUGCAGGCCCUAGGCCCCAGGCUCCCAGCUCCCCUGGGCCUUGGGGGACCCGCACCUUCCCAGAGGUGUGACAGUGAACUGUGUAGCCUGAGGGAAGCAGGGAAGUGGCGUGGAAUGGCGGGGGACUUCCUGCCUGCACCUCACAUCCUGCCCCUGCCUGGCAUCCACCUCCGGGUCUCUGGACAGGUCUUAGCUUGCCCACAGGAAGGAAGGUGCCUGAUACCCCAUCUUUGCCUCGCCUCCUGGCCAGAGGGGCUCCCAUGUUUCCAUGGAAAUGGCCACUUCCCUUUCUGACCCUCACCCAACAUCAAACGAAGCACAAACAGUGAGGUCCUCCCCCACUGCCCUGCGGGGUGGGGGGAGCAGGUUGGGUUUUCGGCCCCGCCCCCUCCCUAGCUAGCCCAUCACCAUGGCAACCCGGUGCCUGUCAGUUGGUGCCCAGAGUCAGCAGCCGUUGGGCUCUGGGGUUCUCUCAGUGUGGGUGGCAGCUGAGCACAGUGAGGGAGGGCAGGGCAGGGCUGGGCCAUGGCUGCCUUUCUCAAGAAGGGGGUUUCUGGGGACAAGUCCCAGGGAGGAGCAGUUCUGGGGCCUUGAGACCUGGGACCGUGAGCGCCAGCAGGCUGAGGGGCCGAGCCAGGGUCCCUUCCCUUGUGUGGGAGGUGGGUCGGUGAGUGUGGGCCGGACUCUCCUGGGUGGCUUUGGGCACCCUGCCCGUGUGCCCUCAGCUCCCCUGCCCCUCUGCGUGGGGGAGCCUUCUCUGCUCUUCCCUGUCCCUGCCAGGGCUCCCCAGCUCCUGGCUUGUCACCUUUUUGAGCUUCUUGGGACAGCAGGACACACUGGGGUGAGGGUAGACACUGGCGAGGGGUGGGGGGACUGAGACUUGUACUGCGGGUGGAGUGCCAUCUCUGGGGUGGGACACCGACCCCCAAAUGCUAGGGGGGCUACAGGGGGCGGGGAGGGGGUCAGCCGAGCACUUAGCAUUGUCACCUCGGGGGUGAGCUGAGCCCAGGCUAGGGGUAACAUUUGCAAAGAAAAAGACUGUUCUCCUGGGGAACGGAGGGCUUGGGCUGGCAUGAUCGUGCAGGGCAGACCUCCCCAACCCUAGACCGCGGCCUCUCCUCACACUCAGUUGGCGGGCUGGGAAGCCAGCGGGGUGGGAAGCAGGCUCCCUGUUACAUUUGCAUGACGAUUUUACUGUAUUUUUCUGAGCAAACAUCUGUCGUGUAUGUGCCAGUCUGUCCAGUUUCCCCCCUUCCCUUCCAGCUUCCCUCCGUUUGGAUCUAAGCAGCUCUUGAAACCCAGGGAGGGGCCAGCUCUGCCAGUGACCCAAAACAGGUGCCACCGAAACACAGCCCCGACCCCCGGCUCCUGUCUUUCUGGGCAUCAGGCCCACAAGUGCCACCUCCCUGCUCCCUUCGUCUCUCCACGACCAUCUCUUUUGUCCUCUGUGUACCUCUUCCUUCCGGGUCCCUUUCCACCUCCACGCCAGGGAGGGUGGCCGUAGGGAUGUCUGGAGAGGGAAGCCCCAUUUCAGUGCGGGGGGAGGACCUUCACAGUCCCUCUCAUGUGCUCCAGUUGUCCCCAUUUUGCAGGCGAGGUGACUUGCAGGUUAGGGGGACGGGGUCAGUCCCACCGCUGGAGACAAGAGGCCAAGAGCUUGGGGCUUUGUGGACAGCUGGGACGAGUGAUGGGAGGGACAGGGAGCUGCCAGGUGCCCGGCCCGGGCCCAGGAAGGUUCCCAGUGGCAGCUUGGGUGCUGUCUCUGCCCUUCUGCCAUCAUUCCUUCUUGGAGACCUAUAAACCCUCAGGCCAGUUCAUUUUAGGGGGCUUUCAAGUCAAGGCUCCAUCUCAAUAGAGGGGCGUGACCCCCUUGGUUGAUCAGGCAGCCUAGAAUAAUCAGAGCACACCGUGAGACAGAGCAGGUUCUAGAUGCAGAGCUGGGCUAGGCCCCCAGCUGCCCAGGCCAGGCCAGGCCUCUCUGUGAAGAGCCCCUGCAUCUGUGUCAUUUUGGGGAUGAUUUCUCCCCCAAGCAGAAGUGAACUACAGCAACAAAAGAACAUUUACCCCCCAAGAGCCUGUGUGUGCGGGCCACGGUCCUGGCCCGGCCUGGGCAGGCUGAGAGGGUGGUGUCUUGGGUGGAGGGAAGGGGCCAGGGAGGAGUGCAGCAGGGUCCAGUGUGGGCAGCUUGGGCAAGCCAGCUGGGGAAGAUGUGGGUGCUGUACCGUGGACUCUGCCCAGGGCCCACGUGAGGCCACACCUGGGCCUGCCCAUUCCUUUGCAGCCCACUCCCCUGGGGUGGCGCAGAGGUACCCACUCUCUCUGAGAGGUCUGGGGGGGGUGAUUGUGUUAGUGGACGGCUCGUUGCAGAACAAGAAGGGCCCGUGCUCUGGGCACCAAGUGCCCUCAGCUCUGCCCCCUGCCGAGGACAGGGCAGCCCCUGGCUGAGGAAUGCUGGGGAUGACGGGUGGCGAUGGCCAAGACACACUUGGGCAGGUCUGGCGCAGGCCACUCCCGAGGGUGCCUGGGGCCAGCUGGGUGAAGAGUGUGGGACUGGCCAGGGCCCCUGAUCCUGCUGACUCCCUGCCCCACUCUGGGAAAUUUAACAGAAGGGGAGACAAAGGCAGUGCAGAGAAAUGGAAAGGCCUGUAGAAAACAGUGACAGCAAGGGGACAGACAGGGCCAGGGUGACGGAACCCCUGAUUAUAAGGAUAAAGUGAAGGGACAGACAGACAGAUGUUUUCCAGUGGUGAGCCCUAUGCAGGGAAGGAAAAUAGGGGGACGGGCUGGGGGGGUCCCUUGCCCCUUAGAGGAAGAGGCAGACAGCUGCAUCCUCAGGACACGGGGCUGCAGAAGGGGCCAGCAGCUGUGACAAAGAGAUUAGGGCCUGGAGCGGCUGGCUGGUACCCUCCUGCCGCCAGCACCAGCCUGGCCUUGGCUGGGGUGUGGCUGCAUGCGAAGCCGUCUCUGCCCAGCGCAGUCUGCCCUCUAUGGCAAGACGGCUGCCCCCAGGGCCCUGCGUCCCAGGACGGGGACUUCCUUCCAGCUCUUGGAAGACAGAGUCAGUCUGUCCCCUUUGGGUUUUCCUUAGAGGUCAGUCACUCCCAGGGAGAGGGCAAGGGGCCCUGGGGCUGUCUGGGCAGGGUCUGGGCCGCCUCUUCCACGCCUCUGCCCCUCUGCCAAGCACACACAGGCCUGGGGCAGGGGUUCGGGUCCAGCAGCGGCGGCCAUCCUCUCCUCCUUGUCCCUGUCCUCCUCAGGGGCCGCCAGGCCCCUGGUGUGCUGUGACCUGGCACCUGCUUUGAGCUCUACAGAGCUGGGCUCGAGGCCCUGAACUCCGAACCUGUGAACCCCAGCUGUGUACGGACCCUGUCUCCCUCUGGGGGCCUUGAUCCUGCUCCUUUUCAUUUAUGGGGGUAACUUCAUUUAUUUUCUCCUCCCUCCAUCUGCCCUCCACCCCCAUUUCCUGUUUUAAACUGAAUGGCACGAAAUUGUUUUCCUCAACUCGGAGAUUCCUGUAUGGAGAGAAUCAAUUUCUAUAUUUGCAAUAAAUUUCUUAUUUAAAACAA